GAUUAGUGUAGACUAGGGAUUGUGCUAGUCGUUUAGACGUUUACACGGAGCUAAAACAAGUCGAGGAUGUUAUAUUUUCCUUAGCUAUAAAUUUGCUACGUAUUCCACAGGUUGUGUCCUUUGGCAGGAUGUUAGGAUGGCAAGUGGCCCUGGCUUGCCGGACAGCCUGGUGCUGGAAAUCUUCUUGCAUCUCCCUCAUAAGGCUGUGCUGAGCGCUGGGUUCACCUGUCGUCAGUGGUUUGCUGUUUCGCGGGAUGAGUUCCUCUGGAAGGAGCUCUUCUACAACUACUACUGCAUCCCGCGCUCUGUGCCUCGCCACCCUGCGGCUGUGUCAUGGUACAGGGAGUUCAAACGGCUGUAUGACUGCAUUCCCUGUGUGGAGGUUCAGACUCUGAAGGAACAUCAUGAUCAGGUCCUGCAUUUGGCCUUCUCUCACCGCGGACAUCGCUUCUCUUCCUGCUCCAAAGACUGCACUGUUAAGCUUUGGGACACGGAGCGAUCAGAUGGCACAAUAUCUUUGGUUCACAGCUCCAGCAUGCGGCAGUUUAACUGGGGCUACACUCAGUUCUCACAGUUUAAUGCCGAUGACACCCUGCUGCUGGUCUCAGGGGUCUACCUGGGCCCACAUCACUCCUCCUCUGGAGAGAUCGCAGUCAUCAGUUUGGAGAACUACACUCUGCUGUCCCGUGUGAGAAACAAGCCAUACGAUGUUUUCGGCUGCUGGCUGAAUGAGACUCACCUCAUCUCUGGUAACCUUCACUGGAUUGGCAACAUGACCUCCUGCUCUGUGCUCUGGCUCAACAAAGCCUUCCAGGACAUCGAGUCAGAAAAUGUGAAUGUGGUGAAGCGUCUCUUUAAGAUCCAGAACAUAAAUGCCAGCACUAUCCGCACAGUAAUGGUGGCCCACUGUCGUCGACACGACUCUCCUGACCUCCUUCUGGACUAUGAAGCUCAGUCACAGGCAAAAGCUCAAGCCCAGCGGACACAGCAACACCAGCCUCUCUUUUUUGAUCUGGGAAACACAGACAGUGAAGAGGAGGAGGAUGAACAUGAUGAAGAGGAGGAUGAGGAACGAGGAGAAAAAAGAGGGUCAGGUCAUCUGCCCUCAUGUAACCCAUCCGGGAUUCAGCAUGUUAUACACGGUCAUCAAAGCAUAGCUAAGUGGGAUCGAGAGUUGGAGACUAAGGUGGCCAGGUUGAUGGGCAGAAGACGCACUAAAGCUCCUGAUCCAAAUCUGGUGACCCCAACAGCUCCUGGAGAAGGAGAGGACAAGACCUACCUCAUCUUCACCACCGGCAGCCUUACCUACUCGCCUCACCAAAUAGGCAUCAAGCGAAUAAUGCCAGAUCAAAUGACGACGUGCGGUCCUGUGUUGGGAGAGGAGCGCAGUACAGAUGAAUUUUUUGACUCACUGGAUCAUGUGAUCGACAUACACGGCCACAUCAUUGGCAUGGGUCUAUCACCUGACCAUAGAUACUUGUAUGUGAACAGUCGAGCGUGGCCAGCAGGCUGUGUGAUCUCUGACCCGAUGUCCCCUCCGCCCAUCGCAGAGGAGAUCGACCUGCAUGUGAUCGACCUGAAGAGUCUUAGAGAAGAGCGCCGCAGCCUUCGAGCCCACCGGGCCUUCACACCCAACGAUGAGUGCUUCUUUAUCUUCCUUGAUGUCAGCCGAGACUUUGUCGCAAGCGGUGCAGAGGACAAGCACGGUUACAUCUGGGACCGGCACUACAACAUCUGCCUGGCUCGUCUGAAACACGACGAUGUGGUCAACUCUGUGGCCUUCAGCCCAGCAGACCAGGAGCUGCUGCUGUCCGCCAGCGACGACUCCACCAUUAAAGUGUGGCGCUCACCACGCAUGGUGCGCCUCGCUGAGGCACUUCAACAGCCCCCUCGGGCUCGCAAACUGCUCUCCUCUUUGUUUGGCCACAGAAAUGCUAAUCUGAAUGGUAAACCCUGACCCGGACCCUGGUGGGCAUAACACAAGAGGAAAGCACCACAGAAAGACACUCCAUGAACAGAAACGUGUGAGGUCAAGAAACUGACUCCACCUGGGUCCCACGAGAACAAGGAGGAUACAUGUAUUCCUUAGUAGCCCUUUUGCAGGACAUCACUGGGAGAUGAAAAUAAAUUUUUGCAUAAAGAAACCACAAAAGUUUUUUUUGAGGAAUGCUGUAUUUGUGAAAGAUCAAUGAUGCAUAUGAAUACAUUGAAGAAAGACAUCAACCAGAUAUGUGAUUUCAAGAGCAAAGAACCAAGAAUUUGAAGAGAUAUUAAGGUUACAUUCACAUAUAUGUGUGUCACGUGUGCAGUUCUAAAGUCUGUUUAACCCGGUCAUAAAGAAUGGAGCGCCACCUUUGCAUGCCGGCACAUUUGUAAUUUAUGCAUUUCUUUUUUCUGUUGCCACCUUUUUUAGUAGAUGUUAUAGUUAUACAAGCAAACCUGAUCAUAACAAGGACAUGGUCAGAGCUUUUAAAUACUAACAGAGAAAAAUGACAAUUCUGCUAGAAAUUUACAAAAUUAUGUCACUGGUGUUUUAUCUCUGUUCCAGUUUUAUGUAAAAGAGGAGCAGUUUAAUCCAAUGUCUUUACAGAUUACCCCAUCUACGCCUUUAUUAUUGAAAACAAUUGCAUCCGUUGCGCAUAUGGUUUGUGUCAUACAGGUUUUAACAAUCAUACUAUAUUGAAAAUGUAAAAAAAAAAAAAAAAUCUAGUUUUUCAUGUUGAACUUUUAAGUUGUUGGCUUUAUACAAUAUUUUGGUUUUAACUUGCAUCAGUGCUGCACCUGUUAUGGUGGCAUUCUUAUUUUAUAUGUACAUCUAGUAUAACGUAUUUCAUGGCAAUUUGUGCAGGUUGGAUUGUUAAAACUAAAAAAAUACCAAAAAGCUAAAGAAAAAGGGUCAAACAGAUCAUUUUCCAUUAUGUUUAUUUAGGUGAGCUCCAUGACUUUACGGCAUCAAGAUACUAUGCAGCAUCAGGGUGCUUUGCUACUUCAGAUCCAUAAGCUGGUUUACCUCACCUCCGGCACUUUCUGUGUUCAGCUUUCUGUGUCAUGAGCUCACAUUGUUUACCAGCAUUAAAUAUUCAGCGAAGGUGCUCAUUUGUUAUGGUGAAAAAGUGACUCUAAAAUCGAAAUGUUACUGAUGCAUAUUACUUUUUCUUGAUUUUAUUUUGGUUCCUUUAGUUCAUUAAGUGAUUUAAAUUUGAUCUCCUAAUAAUAAUAUAGUUGGGCGUUUGGAUAAUGGCGUGCAGCAUUCAUCUCUGUAGUUGCGAGUACAUCAAUUGUUUUGUUUUUAAUGGACCUGAUUCCCUGUGUGACAUUUGUUUGAGCUAGUGCAUCUGAUUUUCCUACAUGCCCUUUGGCUAUUUGCCAUCAGUAGAUUUUGUAUUGUGGAAUGUGUAAAAUUUGUUUGACCCAUUAAACUAUAUUACUUUUACCAGA